GGCGACAUCCAACCCACCCGCUGCUCCGGAAGAGGAAAGCGUGGGGCGGGCACUCUGCUGCAGGAAGCGCCGCCUCGUCCGGCAUGAGCGGCGCGGAGGCGGCCUGCGGGUCCCGGCCUCGCGGGGGCGGGUUGAGGACAUACCCGGCGCUGCCGGUGUGGGUGGUGGAGGACCAUCAAGAUGUGCUGCCUUUCAUCUACCGUGCCAUUGGUUCAAAGCAUCUGCCUGCAAGUAACAUCAGCUUUGUUCACCUUGAUUCCCAUCCAGACCUCCUUAUCCCUGUGAAUAUGCCUGCAGAUACUGUGUUUGAUAAAGAAGCACUUUUUAAUGAGCUGAGUAUUGAAAACUGGAUUAUGCCUGCUGUUUAUGCUGGCCAUAUUUCUCAAGUAGUGUGGCUUCACCCACCAUGGGCCCAGCAGAUCUCAGAGGGAAAACACAAUUUUUUUGUUGGGAAAGACAUGUCAACAACUACAAUCAGGGUUACAGGUACAGAUCAUUACUUUUUAAGUGAUGGUCUUUAUGUCCCUGCUGAUCAGCUGGAAAAUCCAAAGCCUUUAAAUUUACAUGUUGUUCGCAUUAAUCCUACUGAAGCAUCAAACAGCCAAGAAGAACAUGACAAAGUAGCAUCUGCUAAGAGACUGAAGCUAAAUACAGAUGACACAGAAAACACUGCUCCUACCUCUUCAUCGGUGGCUCCUGGUGACCUCGAUAACAACUUCUCAAGUGUAAAGAACAAGGAAUUACAACAUGCAGGUGCCCUGAACAGUGCAAAAAUGUUGCCAGAAUGCUCAGCUGCAAGCUCCCUAAGAAACAACGAAUGUCCAGUGAGGGAGGUUGCUAAAGAUAUCUGCGAAGUUCUCCAGAAUGGGGAUGCAUUUGUUUUAGACAUUGACUUAGAUUUUUUUUCAGUUAAGAAUCCAUUUAAAGAAAUGUACACUAAGACAGAAUAUGAGCUCUUACAGGAGUUGUACAAUUUCAAGAAACCUCAUAGAAAUGCAACAGAGGAGGAUUUGCUGGAUUGUGUUGAAAACCGCGUCCAUCAGCUAGAAGAUCUAGAAGCAGCAUUUGCAGAUUUUUGUGACAAUGAUGAUGAAGAGACCUUACAGAAGUGGGCUUCGUAUCCUGGAUUGAAACCCCUUGUGCAACUAGUACACAGUUUGAAAAGCAGAAUGGAGAGCCCAGACUAUGAAAUGGUCCAUCAGGCUGGUCUGACCUGUGAUUACGUCGAACUUCCCCACCAUGUCAGCACCAAAGAGGAGAUUGAAGGCCUCUUACAGUCCAUCAAGGUUCUGCUGAAAAACAUGCCUAAGCCCACGCUUGUGACAAUUGCUCGAUCAAGUCUGGAUGACUAUUGCCCUUCAGAACAGGUUGAUGUCAUUCAAGAGAAGGUUCUCAGUUUACUUGGUUUCGUGUAUGGCUCUCUGGAUGUGCAUUUAGAUUACUCAAGCAACUCAUCUUCUUUGUGACCUUUCUUCACGCAUUGCUUUCUAAUAGAUGAAUUUAAAUUGUGUAUUGGCUGUUAUUUCAGCAGGUGGCACUAGAAUCCAAGCUGACCAAGAGUUUAAAUUGCACUGCUUUUUCCAAACCAGCUGCAUCUGAAUCCAAUAUAGGAUUGUUCAGAUGGUUCUGUGAUUCUUGUUUUUCUGUCUUGCUUAUUCUUAAAAUGGAUGCAAGAGAAACUAUUAUUUGUCCACAGAAUGUAUUUUUUCACCUAAUUUAUUUAAGUAUGUUUAGAAAAGAACAUUUCAAAAAUAGAUGGAUUUCUUUUUUGUACUUAAACUUUUUGAUGAAGUAACAAAUUUCUUCCUGACUUAUGCUGUACUUAAAAAAAAAUAAUCUCAAAAAUGCCAUUAAAAUGUUGUUUGCAUGAGGAUGUUUUAUAACCGCUGUGCUUAAGAGGUCCAGGCACACCCCUACAUUUCUCUAGAGCAUUUCUGGCUUCUGGCCCAUCCACAGAAUACUAUUUGUAACCUGCAUUAAUGUUGUUUAUUUUUGUUCUAGGGUAUUUCACUGGUGACUCAGAUAAUGUGCCCAGUAUGCAGACAUUGGCUUGGUCCAAGAACAAUGUAAAUACUUAUGUAAAUUGAUUCUUUUCCUUCUUUCUGAACUCUGUUGAACAAGUAAAAAGUAAAUGUACACGAGGAAAGCAAGCAGCCAGAAUUCAUCUGGGUUUCACAGGGAAUGUAAGGAACGUACUUCUGAUUAUAUGUUUCUGCCAUUGUACUUAGUGCCAGCAAAUCUCUAUUAAGAAUUUUUUAUUUCACAAUAACAAACUGUUGCAAACUUCAGCUAAUGCACUCCACAUAACAGUAAUUCUAAAUGCAUACAAAGUGGGGUUUUUUAUUCGUUUUGAUGCUGUUUGGGUUUUUUUUCUGUGUUGGAUUUUCUGUUUGGUUUUGCUUUCUUAAGCUGAAGCACCUAGAAUCUCCAAAGUAAGACACAGAAUAUGCUGCAUAUACUAGAAAACACAUCAUUACAAAGCCAUACUCUGUAGUUACUAGGAUUUUCAGUGUUCUUAUUUACUAUUAGGAGAAAGUGUUUUACCAGCCUUGAAAGCCAACAAAUCAAAUGUGGAUAAACUAACGUAAUAAUAAUACAGGGCUGUUGGAAAGCAUGACACGAUGAUAAUGAGAUAGUUAGAAAGAGUAUGGAAAAAGAAGACAGGAGAAAGGAGUGGGAAGGAGAGAAAGAAUCAGUAAAAAUCUGUUAGACUGUAUGUAUCACAUAAGUAAAGCCAACAAACAAGAAGAAAAAAGAUUUUACCUGACAGAAGUAAUGGCUCUUUACUGUUGAACUUAAUUUCAUCAUUUGCUGACUUCUCUGAGAGCAUAGAAAGGCCCAGAAAAUAAAUUAGUAUCUACAGAAGAAAACGUGAGGUAUAAGAAAGAUUAAACCAUAAGGAAAAAAUGUCUAUUGCAUGCAUCCUUCUGUAAUGGAAAACAACUUUUCCAAGUGAUUGCUGCUUCUUGGUGAACUCUCUGAUACCUGCUGGCUUUUUGAAGCACUUGACUGUCUUAACCUGCUCUAGUAGUGAUUAGUUAAUUCAGUGAAUGGCCAAAGUUGGAAAAGAACUCUGGAAGUCAUCUCCUCCAAAUACCCUGCCCCAUUGAAGCAGAUUAUCAGGAGCUUAUCCAGAUGGCUAUUGAAGAUCUCUGGAGAUCUUCAAAAGGAUUAGAAUUAAUGAAACUAUGGACUAAGGUCUGAAAUUAUACUAUCCUGCUUUAUUUUUCUAUGUUACACUGUUUCUCUAUGUCCCCAAAAAGUAUGUACACCCUUGAAAGUGAGCAAAGAGAGUCAGAUCCCCAGGGGAUAAUUUGGGUGCCUGAUCUGAGUUGAAGAACUUUUCUAAUGUGUCUUAUUUUCUCUUCUAGUAAUGUCAAGUGUUAAGGAAGACCCCUGUUUUUAGGUUCCUUCAGUCCAUAGCUAAAAUUUGAUUGAUGGACUCAGAACAUAUUAAACAGCUUUUGCUUAGACUGCCUUUCUCACACUGUUAAGUUUCUCACUUUAAGAGCUCACACAUACAGAGAUGACAUGAAAAGGAUUGAAAAAAACUGGGAAGUAGAGUAAAACAGCAAUUGGAAACUAUUCAUCUGCUAACAUCCCAUACUUUCACUUUUCCUAAUUAUUCCCAACAACUAUGAAGUAACAAUAGGAGAAGUAGUGUAAGAUAUAAUACACAGGUACAUUAAUUUAUUUGCUAAGGCUUAAUUUAUUUACUGACUUGCAGGCCUGAUGCACCUAAACGAUUCUGUGAAACUUUUAUAUGCAGUAAUUGGUGAUGUUAUUAUUGCCCUUUCUCCUAAAACACCAUAAAUAAUGUCAUUAUUGUUAAAUAAAUCAAAGUGAUAGCAAUAUCUUCGGAAAAACAAACAAAAACAAUACCAGAAAGAUAAAGGAGACAUAUGCCUUGACCUGUGUCUAUCUAACAUUUUAGUACUGAUUAUAUUGUUGUUAAAUGUUAUCUAAAUUCUGUCAGAGAAAUAAUGGAUUAACUCUAUUCUAAUUUUCUUUUUUUUUCAUGUGAAAUGAGUUAAACAUUCCCACUGUUUUGACUGGAAAAUGAAUGACAGCUGAGGAAAAUACUAUUUAUCUCAGUCUUGAUGAUUAAAUAAUGUAGAAAUAAAAAGGCACUAAAUAUGGAUUGCUAAGAACUUAACAGUAGAAAAAGUCAUGCUAAUGUAAGUAUUAGAAAAUUAUCUUGUGGGAGUAGGCAGAUAAACCUAGAAAAGUGCUCUCAGGGUCCUAAUGCUUCCAAAACAUGAAGAAGUUCAUAUUUCAUAACUGAGAAUUGUCUGAUUUCUAUUAGCUGUUUCUGGAUAUCUCAUUUUGUAUAGGAUAAGACUGAGACGGAGACAUGUGGAAAGGUGAGCCAUGUAAAAAAAGUAGACAUUGUUUUGGACUUCCAUGUUUUUUGAGCAAGGAAAUAUAAUUGUGCACACACUAAAGCAGUCUAUUAUGAAUGAUUUUUUCAGAUUCCUCUUAAUCUUAUGUCAAGAUUUUGUAAUGUUGCUGUCAGUAUUCCACAUCAUAACAUCAUGUGCAGUAUGGAUGCAUGAUGUCAUGGACCAUGACAUCUUACCAAGUUAUUUUUAUAUUGGAAGACGUUUUCACAAUCGAUAAUCCGCAUGUGGUUGGAGUAGUUUUCACACUAAGUUUUAGUAACUUACAUCAGAGAUCUAAUUAUGGUUAUCCUGAGGUGACACAGCUUGAAGAAAUAAUCAGUUGCGUAAGAUAGGUGCCAAUUAGGCUUUUAACCUGGAUCCUAACAGUCUCUGCAGAGUGUUAUUUAUGUCUUUUUGAAUACAUACUGAGGACUAAAAUUUUCAACUUUCUUAAACAGAUACAGAGCAGGUAGAAGAAAUAUUACUGUUCAGUUCCAAAACCCUUAAAUAAAAGAAUUAUAUGCAAAGCAAA